GGAUACAUAACGAAUUCUAAUAGUGACACCUGACACUGACACCCACUAUCUUGGUUAAUUUUUUGGUUCCUUUGUUGAUUAUAAUUUUAUAAUUAUUAUAAAUGAAAACAAAGGCUUGAAUUUCAAUAUUAUAUCGUCUAAGAAUAGUUAUGAAUCACUGUUGAAUAGGGUAUCAAUUUAUAUGAUAAAUAAAUGUAUGCACCAAUGUCAAAUUCUGAAAAUCAUGAUGAAAGUGAAACGGAAAGUAUCUAUGAGGAUGAAGAUGAAACAACUAGGAUUCUUCCUCCAGAAGUUGAAGACACCACACACUUUUUUAAAUCAAGACAUAUUUUGGGUAUACUAGGUUUUUUGGGAUUUGCUAAUGUGUAUGCUAUGAGGGUUAAUUUAUCCGUUGCUAUUGUAGCAAUGAUUAACACCACUCAACCAAUUAGUAACAAUAGUUACGAUCAUUGUCCAAUCACAAAUAAUUCUAUUGACCCAACACCAGUGAGACCGAAUGAAUUUGAUUGGGAUGAGAAGACUCAGAGUAUAGUAUUGGGAUCAUUUUUUUAUGGUUAUGUCUUAACACAAAUUCCAGGAGGAAGAUUAGCAGAAAUUUUUGGAAGUAAACGGGUAUAUGGAAUUGGUGUGCUAAUUACUUCAAUUUUCACUUUGCUCAGUCCCAUAGCAGCAAGAACAAAUUUCACAUUGUUCAUAAUUGUGAGGGUAUUAGAAGGAAUGGGCGAGGGUGUAACUUUUCCAUCAAUGCAUGCUAUGCUAGCUAGAUGGAUUCCACCUUUAGAAAGAAGUAAAUUUGGGGCAUAUGUAUAUGCAGGUAGCAAUUUUGGGACAAUCCUUUCACUACCACUGUCUGGAUGGCUGUGUUCGUUAGAGCUGGAUAAUGGGUGGCCUUUAAGUUUUUAUAUAUUUGGAGUAUUGGGUAUAAUUUGGUACAUAUUUUGGGUAUUCUUAGUUUAUGAUACACCAGCGGCUCAUCCUAGAAUUGACCCUCAAGAAAAAGCGUUUAUUUUAGCUAGUAUAGAUCCACAAGAUGAUCAUGAUAAAUCUUCAAUACCAUGGAAACAAAUGCUUACAUGUUUACCAUUAUGGGCAAUUUUAGUAACCCAGUGUGGACAAUCUUGGGCAUUUUACACCCAAUUGACAGAAUUACCUACUUACAUGGCACAAAUUUUACAUUUUGACAUUCAGGCUGAUGCAUUGCUGUCAGCCGUUCCUUACCUUACAAGUUGGUGGUGCGGCAUCAUUGUUAGUAUAUUCGCAGACUGGCUACUUAGCAAGGGCUAUUUAUCCCUUGCAACAUCAUAUAAACUUUUUAAUUCCGUAGCAUCCAUCAUACCCUCAUUAGGUCUCCUAGGGGUAGCGUAUGUGGGAUGUGAUAAAGUAGCAGUUCAGUUGUUAUUGGCCAUCACUGGAGCCUUCGGUGGUGCUGUAUAUGCUGGCAAUUCUAUGAACCAUAUUGCUUUAAGUCCAAAAUAUGCGGGAACCAUGUAUGGGAUUACAAAUGCUGCUGCUAACAUGUGUGGUUUUUUGGCUCCUUAUGUAAUUGGGCUUAUCAUCGAAGGAAGACAAACUUUGAACCAGUGGCGAAUGGUAUUCUAUUUGGCAGCUGGCAUCAAUAUGGGAGCAAAUCUCUUCUAUAUAAUGUUCGCUAGUGCUCGUGAACGGUCAUGGUCUCGAACACGAAGACUGAGCAACAUAAACUAAUCAGCACAUAGACACUUUAAUUAAUUGAAUAAUUAACGACACUUAACAAACGUUAAGACAAUAAGAUGUUGAACUUAAAAAAACUUAGUCUUAAUUUUGAUGAAUUUAUUUAUAUUUGACAAUACUUUAAAUGGAUAAUUUAGAUUUAAUUUCUAGUAUUGUUAAUAGAGACCUAGUUUCCUAACAACCAGUUAAUUUAUUCAUAUUGUCAAGAUUCAUAGGAAACUGAAACCUUUAUGAUCAUACAGUGUCUUUUUGUGAUUGGUAAUGGUUUAAAUUUUAUGAACUUGUAAGAUAUAAUUUAGAGUAUUAUGUAAAAUAUAAUUUUAAAGAAUAAGAUAAGUUAAGGCAAGCCAUGUGUGAUCAAUAUUUUUAUUCCAAUAGUUAAUCAAACAAUAUUUAUAAUCCAAAGUUAUAUACUAGAAAAUAUAAUUUAUUUUCUCUACAACAAA